AGGAAGUAGUUUACACCAGCGGGCCGGAUGUUCUGUGAGAACUAAGACAGGAACAACAAAGAAGAUAAAGUGCCCGGGUUUUAAGCCUAUUUGAGAACACAUAAGAACAUUAAAUUCAAGAGAUUAACUAUUGUUCACAUUUCGUCAGUGCAAAAGAAUUUGGUUUGCAUGUGAGGACAAGCGUCUGCCGAGCCAACCAUGGCGAACAAUGCAGAGGAUAUUGAAAACAAUAUGGACCAACAGGAGACCAAUGUGACCCCUGAACCCACCCAGCAGCCACAGGAGGGUGCGGUGACCAGAGCACGGUCCAGAGGAGGUUCAGGAGCUGGAGAAGGAGGAGGAGGUGAUAGUGGAGGUGGCAAUGGUAAUGGUAAUGGCAAUGGUAGUGGAUUGGAGCAGAACGGACAGCCCCCCGCCGCGCAGCCUCCGCGUGUGGUGGAGACUGAGGAGGACGAGGACGAAGAGUUGACCUUGAAAUACGGGGCCAAGCACGUCAUCAUGCUGUUUGUUCCUGUGACCCUCUGCAUGGUUGUUGUCGUUGCAACCAUAAAGUCAGUCAGCUUCUACACGCAGAAUGACGGGCAGAGAUUGAUCUACACACCGUUCCCUGAAGACACAGACACAGUAGGACAGAGAGCCCUCAACUCCAUCCUGAACGCCACCAUCAUGAUCACUGUGAUCAUCGUCAUGACUUUGGUGCUGGUGCUGUUAUACAAGUACCGCUGCUACAAGGUGAUCCAAGGCUGGCUCUUCCUCUCCUCCCUCCUCCUGCUGUUCUUCUUCUCCUACAUCUACCUCAAAGAGGUUUUCAAGACCUACAAUGUGGCCAUGGACUACUUCACCCUGGCAAUAAUAAUUUGGAACUUCGGAGUGGUUGGCAUGAUGUGUAUUCACUGGAAAGGACCGCUGCGGCUCCAGCAGGCCUACCUCAUCAUGAUCAGUGCCCUCAUGGCCCUGGUUUUCAUCAAGUACCUGCCAGAGUGGACCGCCUGGCUCAUAUUAGCCGUUAUAUCUGUCUACGAUCUGUUAGCGGUGCUCUGUCCUAAAGGGCCUCUGAGGAUCCUGGUGGAGACGGCUCAGGAGAGGAACGAACCCAUCUUUCCUGCUCUCAUCUACUCUUCUACAAUGGUGUGGCUCGUCAACAUGGCCGACACUGACAGGCCAAAAAGGAACUCGACAGAAGCAACAUCACCUCAACAAGAGGCUCAAGAAGCCGUGGCGUCCCCGGCUCCCUCCAGUCUGUCACAGGACGACGGAGGCUUCACCCCCUCCUGGGUCAACCAGCAGGAGCACCAGCUGGGGCCGAUCCAGUCCACUGAGGUGACCAGACGGGAGAUCCAGCAGAUGCCCUCCGCUCGUCCUCCUGUUGAAGACGACGAUGAGGAGAGGGGCGUCAAGCUGGGGCUCGGAGACUUCAUCUUCUACAGCAUGCUGGUGGGAAAGGCCUCAGCCACAGCCAGCGGCGACUGGAACACCACGCUCGCCUGCUUUGUAGCCAUCCUCAUUGGCCUGUGUCUGACCCUGCUCCUCCUCGCCAUCUUCAAGAAAGCGCUACCCGCUCUGCCCAUCUCCAUUUUUUUCGGCCUGGUCUUCUACUUCGCAACAGACAACUUGGUACAGCCCUUCAUGGACAAGCUGGCGCUACACCAGUUCUACAUUUAGCAGGACGCUGCCCUGAUAACCCUCACCCACAUAGCCCUCUGGCCAACAACACAAGAGCGGUCCCUUCACAGCCGGGGAACAAAGGGCGAUGCAGGGGCCCCUCCCGCCCCCACAUCCCCUCCUAAGAACUCAUGAUGACGGGACACAAGUUGUUUUUGUUCUGCCUUUUUUUUCCGGCGCCAAGGGAGGGUAUUCCCCGCGAGAGCUGUUCUUAAAAUAUUUUAUUUCAGUUUUAAAUCAAGAAGUGACAUUUCUCACUCGACUUGGGAACUCAUCUUCAAAUUGUUGAUCACUGGUCUCAGGCUCAGUCCAUACUAGGAGAAGUUAGUGGGAAUAUUUUCAAUUUUAUUUAUCCAGGGAAGCUUUACAAGAGCUCGUGUGCUCCUUUUCAGCAGCUCCCUGCUUCACAUCCGCACACAUUCAUACCUGGGAGCUGCCCAGUACAACCAGUCUUCUACAACAUGGGUUUUACAGUAGGUGCCUUGCUCAGAGACACCUUGGCGGUAGCUGUUGAGCAAAGGGAGAUGGUUCCGUUAAAUCUCCCUUUAAAGACUUUCAUCAAACAUCUUCAUUUUUACAACUUGUGAGCUACCACCGCCCCCCAAAACUAAACACAAGCCUUCAUCAAACUAAUGGACACUCUAUGAUGAUAUUGGUAAUAGAUGGUAAAUGUGUAGUUUGAUUGUGUAUGAGCUGUCAGUCACCAGAUGUGCUUUCCUUACCGCUGUUAAGAAUGGUUAAGAUGUGUUUUUUUUUUUUCACUUUAGACACAUGAAAACCAAAGCUCUGAACCCCGAGUGAUUGACACCCAACAUGUGAAUCUUUCUUACGGGAAAAAGUAGAAGAUUUUAUUGUCUCUAGAAUUAAAAUAUGAGUGUAACUGUGACACUGACUCAUCAGAGAUUUCACCAUGUUUUCUGUCCUUAAUUUUACCUUAAAUCACAUUUGAAUUCACAGCCUGCAGAGGGAGGAAAGUUCACACGCGCGCACACUCACACCUGAGACUUGCCUGCCAUGUCAGUCAUGUACGGUCAACCACUGAGCAUUUCUGCUAGAGCAGUUGGAGGUUCAGUGCCUUGCUCAAGGGAAUUUCAGUAGUAGUCAUUGUUAUUAUUGUGGGACAGAAAUGUGCUUUUCAUUCUCUUCCCUGACUGAGAUUUGAUUUUGUUUUUUCAACCUGUCCAGGGAUUGUAACCUGUGAUCAUCUGGUCACAAACUCUGAACCUUUAGGCUAUAGCUGCCCUCAUGAUGCUCACCUGGUGCUGUCUGGAACUAUGCUACGUCAAACACUAAAAUUAGUUUGACUAUACACAGAUACUAUUGUGUUUUUUCAAGAUAUGCAGAAGAGAAACUUUGUACUUUUUGAAACAUGAGGGUAAAUGUUAGCGGGGUUCCUACACAGAUCAGGACAGUCUGGGAAAGUGUGAAAAUAAACAAAACAUUUUGACAGAAAUUCUGUGCGUGUAUUGAGGAAAAAGCACUCCCUCCUGAUGAAUGAGGGAGUUGUAGCUCUAGUUUUAAUUUGAUACUUGAAUUUGUCAACAGUUUUGAGAACAUAAUGUCCUGUUACCAAGCAUUAUUUGCUUAACAAUCAUGUUAAAAACCAACCAAAAAGUUUAAAUCAAGGUUAAAAAAAAAUAAUGGACUGGUAUGAAAUAUUGAGAUGUGUAUGAACCCAAACUCUGGCUUCUCUUAUAUGAGAUAAUGACUGAUAGAGGAGGACGAGCUGCACUGAUUGCUCUUUUGUUGUUGCACUCGAGUUUCAUGCUUGCAGAGAAAAAAACAAGAGGGAACAAUAUAAUAUUUGUUUCUUAAUCUGUUUUUUUCCUUCCCUUUUUGUUUUAAGGGACUAUGUUGGGUGACUGGCUUUUUUUCUGUCCUCCACAUGCAUAUGUGUGUUAUGCAAGGUUAUUCGAUUCAGAUUUUGUUUUUUAAUAAAUAAUGAAACUUAAAAUA